CGAUAAUUCCUGUUGGGGCAGAAGGGGGCGUGUGCGUACGUGUGUAUGUGUGUGCCUUGAACUUCGAUCAACCUGUCCGGACCACAUCUUCCUUACAACACGGGCACGUGUGCAUCGAAGAAGGUCCUUUCUCUGUCGGAAAUCGACACUAGCAGUGGGACGCGGAGGAAGGGGGUCGAUUAUGAUGACGAGAAAGGUACCGGGUGACCUUGCGCUGGCCGGACGUUAGAGUACGCGUCCUAGGCUGCUUGAACCUUCUGCAGAUGCGGAAGGGGGUAACAGUGACAAAUCGUUCUGAGCCGUUGUUGUUGCUUUUCUCCCGCCUCUCCCGCUCCACCCGGUCAGUUGGCCGGUACACUCUCGCGUCGUCUGUUGAUGUCUGGGUCGCUCUUCCGGAGUCCACUCCGGGAGACGGACAUGUCAAAGGACGACGGCCGAACGGAGCCGGCGCUGUCCAAAACGUGCUCACGUCACACGUACUUUGUCUCCGGUCUCUCCUAGGUCGUUGUUUCGUCCCCUUUUCUGUUGCACUCUUCCAUCCCCUCCCCCAUACAAACCCAACCGCCAACGCUCAAAAGGCCCGCCAAUCGAUGCUACUGCUGGUGUUGGGCGUUGGCGUUGGCGUUGGCGUUGGUGCUGGAGCUGGCGCUGGCGUUGGUGCCCAUGUUGUGCUGUUGCUCGCGCGGUCUUGGCCUGGUUACUUUCCGGAUACACACAGGCAAGGACAGACGCCAGUGCUCUUCCAGGAUUGCCUAUGGGGUAUCCGUUUCUAGUGUGCUGCUUACAGAAGGGGACGUGUCUAGCGGACAAGUGUCGUGCUAUUACUCCUUUUCCUAGUUUCCUUGUUUGUUAGGCGGAUGGCGCAAUAUCUCUUAGCGGGCGCCCUUAUUCUGCGAAGGCGUCGUUGGGAGGGGGGCUUGCUCCCACAAAGGGCGUGUGUGUGCUCUUACAGGAGG